CACACACACACACACACACACAAACAGUUCACACAUCUCCAUUGAGGAAAAGUUGAGGUGCUGGUCUGCGAUCCUGCUAAGGAACGGAUUUAAAGCUUUAAACAGUUAUAAGAAAGAGAGGUGAGCUAUGUCCUCCUGUGUGGUGAAGCCCAGAGGCAGGAACCCGUACACAGCAGUGCAGGUGGACCCAGACAGUGACUACAUAACACCGGGAACAUUAGACCUGGAGCAGCUGUUGUGGACCAGCACUGGGGCUCAGUAUGCACAUGUCAACCAGGUCUGGCCCAGCGUCUACAUCGGGGAUGAGAAAACAGCUCUGGAGAGGCCUGGCCUGAGGGAUCUGGGUAUCACACAUGUCCUUAAUGCAGCAGAGGGAAAGUGGAAUAACGUCCUGACUGGUGCCGAUUACUACACUGACGUGGACAUCCAGUACUUCGGUGUGGAGGCUGAUGACAAACCCACCUUUAAUAUCUCCCAGUACUUCUGCUCUACAACCCAGUUCAUCCAUGAGGCCCUCAGUCACCCACAGAACAAGGUGCUGGUGCACUGUGUGAUGGGUCGGAGCAGGUCAGCGGCUCUGGUCUUGGCAUACCUGAUUAUGAAACACAGCCUAACUGUGGUGGAUGCUAUUGAGCAUGUGCGACAGCGGCGCUGCAUCCUUCCCAAUCACGGCUUUUUGAGACAGCUCAGAGCUUUGGACAUCACGCUGCAAGAGGAGAGGCUGAGACAAAAAAGAGAGAUGCAACACCAAUAGUACAUAAUAGAUAACUGUUUUAAUGUCUUCUGAAUCCGUCUCAGGUAUACAAAAAUGCUCUUUAUGAAUCUUUGACUAGUAUCAUUAAACUGUUUUGUUUUUCACAACUGUGUCACGCUAGUCUCAAAGUUCAAAUGUAACAUUGAGUACUGGGAUGUCCUACGGGCUUGUUUCAACAGCAAGAGUGACUUUGUCAAUAUCGGUAAAGUGUGUGAAGUGUAAGAACAGAUUUCAAGGAGUGAGGCACACAUAGCAGUUCCUGAGAUUAUAUACUGUAGUUGAUUUAAAGAAAUUUUAGCUUUAAGGGAAGUUGUUGUACCAUAGAUUUUAAUGUUUGAUCCACAAUCUAUUGAGUUCAUAUCAUAGAUAUCUUACUAAGAAUUAUCUUUAAAUGAAAAAAAAGAGCCUUUGAGGGAUUCAAAAUAUAAUACACCAACAGAAAAAAUAUUAAACGAAAGAUUGCUGUAUAUUUUAUUUGUGAACUGUAGGCAUGACAGUAAAGCACAAAGACGGGCAACUGAGACCAGGAAUAAAUUGUCCCUUAAGGCUUAUUGGUGUAUUUGAACAUAUAAAAUAAACUAACAGUGGAACAAUACCGACAGUAAUACCAAUUUCAAAACAACUCUUGUUGUAUUCAGAAAAAAAUACUUCGCCAUGAAAUAUUUAGCAUACAUCUAUAUUCAGGAUAGUUGUAUUGAGGUAUUCAAUGUUGCACAGACCACAAAGUCUUUCAGCCUGAAUUUAACUCAUGUUAUGAUUUGGUUCCCUUCUUUUCCAUCUUCCAUUUGUAGACGUUAACAUACAAAACUCUCAAAAUCAGACUGUCUUGACGUUGGGUUACAAAAUACAAAAUAGAGAGAUAAUAAUACACCCACAAAGAACAGAGGCCACUAAUUCAGGAGAGAAAUAACAAUAGAAGGAAAUGUCAGUUUUAUUACCCACUGUAUUCCUCUGACAGAACAUUUGAAUAUAUAUUAUUUCCUUACAUGCAUUUGAAAUAUGUUGUAUGUCCAUUUUUAUCCCCACCAGCCACCAGUUGUCCCUCACUGAUCUAGUUUGAAAGUCUGACUGUACAGACAGAUGCAGGUUCAUGUAACACCAGUCGGCCUCCGCAAACAUUGCAACAUUUCCAGAGAAUGGAAGAACUAAAGGCACGUGUGACGAGAAGCACCUGCCCAAAAACCAGCGCGAGGACAGAAACUCG